CUGGAUCAUGGCAGAUAUCCUUAUGAAUAAGUGUAAUAGUGCUUCGUAGCCUCUUUACUGUACAUUUAAGCUGAGAAGUCAGAGGAUACUAUUGUUCUUUAGAAGCAACCGAUGUGCUGGUAUAAGGCUCCCUGAAUAUUCCUUGCACAAGCAGCAUUGCAUUUACUGGAUUAUUUGUAAAACAGCAGGCCACCAGCAUUUCAUUGAUACUGUGAGUGAUGAACAAAACACCAUGAAUGAAGGCAAAAAUACCUUGAGCUGUGAACAAAAAACAGAAGAUCCUUGUACUUACCAGUACAACAUGGACCAUAAGAACAUUGGGAAAUGCAUCAUAAUUAACAAUGAGAAUGUCCAAGGCACGUUUAAACGGCAUGGCACAGAUGAAGAUGCGAGAAAGUUGGAAGCUACCUUCGGAGCACUGGGGUUUAAGGUGGAGGUUGCGAAGGACCUUACAGCUAAUAAAAUGUAUGAACUCCUAGAGACAGUUGCCAAAGAGGACCACAGAGAACUGGCAUGUUUUGCCUGUGUGCUUCUAAGCCAUGGAAGAGAGGGGCACAUUUCUGGAACAGAUACAGAGAUUAAAAUAAGGCUGCUAGCCAGUCUCUUCACAGGUGAAAGGUGUCAAAGCUUGUUUGGGAAACCAAAACUGUUCUUUAUACAGGCCUGCAGGGGAAAGGAAUACGAUUCAGGCAUUGAGACAGACUCAGCAAUACAGGAAACCACUGAAAUACAUGAAACACCAGAAGCUGACUUCUUGUGUGUACAUUCCACAGCUUCAGGAUAUUACUCUUGGAGAAACCAAGUUUCUGGUUCGGUUUUCAUCGGGACCCUUUGUGAAAUGCUAAACAAGCACUACAAGGAGCUUGAGCUAAUGAAGAUCCUCACAAGGGUUAAUCAUUCGGUGGCGAUGCAUUUUCAGUCUGCUACACCUGACGAUCACUCCAAUGCAAAAAAACAAAUGCCAUGUAUUAUGUCCAGGCUAACAAAGGAACUGUAUUUUGUCAAAUAAAACCACCCUUUCACAAAUCAAAAAUGCAAUUACAGUAACAGUGAUAGGAUUACAAUACUAAAAAUAUUUAUUUUAAGUAACAAUAUAUACAGUAUGAUACAAAUAUUAAAUGACUGAAGUUUCCUUUAUUUAUUUUAUAUUUAUAUAAGUUUAUCAAGGUAAAUCUGUAUGGUAAUUUAGCAGUUUUCCCAUGCUUUUUAAAUGGUAUACUUAACCAUGCAUUACCAUACCUCUCUGGGCUUUAUUACACUUUGCUAUGCUUUUACUAUGGUAAACUUUUAUAAGGGAGUGCGUAGUUGGUUGGAAUGCCUGUGCCUGGAGUGUCUGGGAGAUCUAGAACAAAGCUGAUUUACAUUUUAAUGAACAGACUGCUUUCGAUGUUCUAACCUUGUCUGCUCUCUGUUUGUUUGUGAGUUCUCUGCAUAGUGAGGCACAGCAAUAGGAUGAGUUUCCUCAGCAAGCUUGCCCCAUAGAGUUCUGUAAAUGUCUUUGACCCUACUGUUAUAUACAGUCACCUCCAAAAUUAUUGGCACCCUUGAGAAAAAAGAUGAGAAAAAAAGACUGUAUAAAAUAAAGAAUACCAGUA